AGCGGCUCCCCCUCCACGAGGGGCGCCCCGCGUCUCCCUGUUGUCCUUUCUGCUCCUUCCAGUAGGGCGGCCGCGCCUCGACUCCCCGCCGGCCGCGAGCCCACACUCGCGCCCUCGUUCUCACUUGCUUGUCGCCGCCCCUUGCUCUGCCAACUCCGCCUCGGCCGGGGGGGGGUCCCUCCGCCGCCGCGGCGCUGCUCUCGGCGGCGGCGCGGGGACAUGGCGGAGGUCCUGGACGAGUUGCUGCGGCAGCGGCCGGCCGAGCCCGAUUCCCCGGCGCUGGCGCUGAAGCUGUCGGUGUUCUCCCAGAUGUCCGUCAAGAGCGGCCGCCUGAAGGACAGGGACCAGCCCGUCGCCGCUCCCCUGGGCGCCGCUGCUGCUGGCGCUGGCACGGGCGGCGCUGCAGCUGCUGCCGUGGCCAGCGCCGCUCCUGCACCGGCUGCGGCUGCCGCGCCCGCCGACGCGGGGGGCGCGGUCACGGGGCAGAAGCAGCGCAGGAUAGCCGCCGCGCCGCUUUCCGCGAUGCUGGCGCCCGAGGCGGCGGGCGGCAGCUUGCCGCGCCUGCGGCGCAGGUCGCAGCUGGCGGAAGGGGGCCGCACCCUCCUGGAGGGCGGCGCCACCCCGCGCGUGGCCGACGCCUGCGCGCCGCUGCCCCCUGGGGUCCUGGUGGACAAGGGGCUGCAGGGCGGAGGGCAUCCAGCCAGUCCACCUGUGCGCACGCCGAAGGGCGGCCUGGCGCGGCCCAGGCCCGGGCCGCUGAUGCCCAGCACUGACGCUGGCUGCGCCUCCUCCCCGCCGGCGGCGGCCUCGCCGCCGCGGCGGCCACAGCUGCCCGCCAGGGGGAGGCCGCGGCGAGGCGUCGGCGGCAUGGCCCUCGAAUUCAAGCCCUCCUCGCGGUCCAGCAGCGAGGCCGGCUCGCGGUCGCCGCGGUCGCCGCUGUCGCCCCGGGCUGGCGGGCGCAGCGCGCGCGGCAAGGCCGCCCGGCGGGGCGCCGGCAGGGCGGCCGCGCGGGAGAGCGACCGCGACAGGGCGCCCUCGGUCUCGAGCUCCGUGCACUCGAGCCAGCCGUCCAGGGAGUCCACCUGCUACGUCAACUUUGACCGCUUCGACCUGCAGAUAGAGAACGGCCGGGCGCCCACGAAGUUGGUCUCCUGGGACCAGCUGCUGCUCGCCGCCUCCGGCGGGGCCGCGGAGCGCGCGGGCCCGCGCGGCGAGGCGGAGCGGAGUCUGCGGCAGGCCAUCGACUCCUUCGGCUGGCAGGCGCCCACCAAGCUGCAGGCCGUGGCCGUGCCGUGCGUCGUGCAGGCUUGCCGGGACAUCCCCGAAGCCAAGAGUUACACGUUCUUGCAGGCGGCCGGCGGCCUCGGGAAGACUUCGUCGCUCGCCCUGGGGCUGCUCGCGUCCGCACGGCGGGAGGUCUGCAGCCUCCAGUUCGUCGUCGUGUCUGCCAACACCUGCGAGGAUCUCGAGCGCUACCUCAACGCUCUGGGCUUCCUAUGCCCGUUAGAGGUGGCUUACUUCAAGAGCGAAGUUUCGCAGGAUCUCGAUGCCGACAUGGAUCGGGCGCUGCGUGCCCAGAUCAUCGUGGGCCAUCCGGCCGGCGUGCUGGAGGUGCUGGAGGCCACCAGGGAGCAGAUCUCGCUCAGCUCCGUACGGGCGCUCCUGCUCGACGACGCAUCGGAGGUCAUAGCCGACGGCUGGGUGCAGAAGGUGUGCGAGGUCAAUCAGAUGCUCAGCCUGUUCGUGGCCACCCCGCUGAGGUACGUCGUCUUGUCGUCCUUUGUGGAGUCGGAGACCAAGCCAGCCUUGCGGGCGCUCAAAAGCUCCCUGAUGAGCAAAAAGAACAUGUUCGAUCUGGCACAGCAGGUGGGCCGCAUCAAGAAGUUCGUCAAGCACUACCUGGUGCAGAUCGAGCCCGAGGGCUGGAUGAAGGCGCUGUCGCAGCUCCAGGACAUGAUCUACAUCCCGAAGGCCGUGCUCUUCUGUGACAGCGAGCCGCUCUUCCAGCGGGCCAAGCUCGCCGGCAACCCCAGGGGCGAGUGGGCCAGGACCGUCUCGCUGUCCGUGAACGACUCCGCCGCGCAGACCCUGCAGGAUGGCGGCAGCGGGGCGCUGGCCUUCUGCAAGGAGCAGAGCCAGAAGGACUUCCUGCUGACGCGCAGCGAGCCGAACAUCUUCCAGGCGAGUCUGCCCCGCGUCUUCUGGGUCGUGCACUUCGGCAUCGAGGCCAACCUGUCCUGGUACGGCUGCCGCUUGCUGUGCCUCGACUCGAAGCUGCGGGAGCAGCGGGGCGGCAAGGGGGUCCAGCACGACGGCGUCUCGCUGCUCUUCCUGCCCCCCAGCCAGCGCGACACGGUGCAGAAGCUCGAGCGCAUGUUCGGCAUACACUUCGAGCCGCUGCCCUUCGGGGGCUUCGGCUGAGGAGGUGGGCCGCCAGGGUGCGACGAGCACGCUGCAAGCGCUUCGCGUGGUGCGACGCACGGAGUUUGGGGACAGGCACCGAUCCCGACCAGGCCGGUCCCGGGCCCCGGACUGGUGCCUGCGCCUUCCUGGCCGAGCCAGGGGGGGCCGCGUGCACCAGCCUCGCACGGGCCUGCCCCUCCCCGCCGGGCCCACACAGGAGGUACAACUGCGCUGUCGCGGGGCUUCCCUCUUCCCCCUCUCCUCCCCUCCGACAUUUCGUGGUAGGCCUGCAGGAAAGCCGUGACGGCCGGUCCCUGGUCAACAGCCGCAAUGAGACAGCCAUCCGUACCGAGGGUUUAAUUCAUCUUCGCGCCAAGCAUGCACCAGUCAUGUUGUGCGAGCGUAAGGAGCUGGUCUAAGCUCCAGCUCCUUCAUGUUUGUCUAGGCAUUGCCGACUGCGCCCGCUCCUAUUCCAUUGGGCAGCGGCAGUGUGCCCGCAUUUUCCUUAAGGGAAGCAUUGUAUGCACGCCCCUCUCUCUCUCUCUCUCUUUCUUUCUCUCCCUCGUCUGCAAGCGCACCCCACAGCCGGUGCGCGCCAGCACGGCCGACCCGAUCCGAUUCCGACUCCGUGCCGGUGCGGCCCGAUGCGGUGCACGCUCCGGUCCGAUCCGGCGUGCCGCUUCGGGGUGGAGCGCUCCUUGUGCUCCUUCUGGAACCCACGGGCUUAGGACACGUCGUGCUCCUCCUCCUCCUCCUCCUCCU